AUGACGACAAAGGCGGAUCUCAAAAGGCAGAAGGUGGCCAUGGGUAUACCCAAAGCAUCCAAAAGCGCUCUUUCAAGAGAGGCCCUGAAAAGAAAGGAGCAAAAAAUUGACGCCGAAGUCGAAAGAGACAGCGAAGUUGAAGAAGAAAGUGAGAGCGAUCACACUGAACAAAGCAUAGAGAGCGACAAUGACAGUGAUUCCGCCAGUGAGCGCGAUUCUUCAAGCAGCGAACAAGAAAUAGGUGAGGAUAGUGAUGACGAACUGCAAACGAACUACUCGUCUCAUUCGGAUAAUGCCGACUCAGACGAUGAAGAGAUCCCAACGCUUCCAGGCAAGAAGAAGAACAAGAGCGAUGGCUCUGAGUCGUUUUCGAAAGCCAUUAAUGCUCUUCUUGACUCCAAGCUGAAGGCCCACAAUCGUAAAGAUCCAAUCCUGGCCAGAUCUAAAUCACAACUAAAAAAGCUAGAGAGUGAGAAACUAGAGCUCAAAGCCAAAAGGCAACUUCUCGCGGAAAAAAAAGCCAAGCUCACAUCCAACAGAGUGAAAAACUUACUUCCUACUGAUGAUGCGCUAGCAAGGCAGACUUUAGAGAGGGAAAAGCGUUAUCGAAAAGUUGCUCAGAGAGGUGUGAUCAAACUGUUCAAUGCCAUUCUGGCGACCCAAACGGAGACCAGCAAGGAGGUUGAAUCCAUCAAGGGAGUUGGGCAGACGAAGAAGAAGGAACUCGUGAACGAGAUGUCGAAAGAGAAAUUCUUGGAUUUGGUCCAAGAAGCAGGUAAAAGUUAA